UUACAUGGUUUGAAAGAGCCAGUAUGUUGGUGAUACUUCUAAAUUGUAUCACAUUAGGAAUGUAUCAACCAUGUGUAGAUGAUCAGUGCAUGUCAAGAAGAUGCAGAAUAUUACAGGUUUUUGAUGACUUUAUAUUUGCAUUUUUUUCACUGGAAAUGAUUGUUAAAAUGAUAGCCAUGGGAGCUUAUGGUCCGAGUACAUACCUUGCUGACUCUUGGAAUAGGUUAGAUUUUUUCAUCGUUAUAGCAGGGGCUUUAGAGUACUGUUUAAACAUGGAGAACAUAAAUUUCUCUGCUAUUCGCACAAUAAGGGUGCUGAGACCGCUCAGAGCUAUCAACAGAAUCCCAAGUGAGUAA